UUUCUUUCAUACACAUCCACAAAAUAAAGUAAUAUUAUUAACUAUUUAUUAUAUUUCAAUUUCUGACCCUUUUAAAAUACUUCUAUUUAUUCUUGUUUGGUGGAUCUAAUAUUCUUCACAAAAAAUAAAUAAAAAGCUUCAUUCUUUUUCCAAUUUAAAUUUGCCAGAUUCUAUAUUGUGUUUGGUGGUACUGAAAAUAAAUGGUGAAAAUAAUUAUUCUUUAGAGAAAAAAAAAAAGGAUUUCUUCUGGUUCUUCUUGUUUUGGGAAGAGGACUUCUUACCCUCAAACGUCCUCAUCCACUGUGGCAUCCUUAUCUCCAAAAUCACUACUAUUCUGACUAAUUUCUCUUUCUUCAUCACAAAUAAACAUCUAUAUUUAUCACCUUAUUAUAUUUCUCAUUUCUUUCUUUUUCUUUACUUCCUGCCCAAUUUGUGAAAAAUUGGGGGGAAAGUUAUUGAUUUUUAUUUUCUGGGGUUUGGAGCUAAUUUCUUGUAUCCCAUGUAAAAAUCCCCCCUUUUUGAUUUGGGGGGAAAUUGGGUUUUUAAAGUUGUAAUCUUUUGUUGAAAUUAGUUUCUGGGUUUUGCUUAAUUUGUUGGAUUUGGGGUUGAAAUGGGAUUAAUUGAGGGAUUUUGGGGUAUUUUAGAGAGACCCACAUCAAUUGGAGGAGGAUUAAUGAUUGAUAUUAUGUUGUUUAUAACUCCAAUUUGGACUGCUUUUCUUGUUGGUCUUGUAAUUGGAUGGUUAUGGAGGCCAAGGUGGUGGGAGAGCUUGGAUAAGAACAAGUUUGAUUCUUUCAUUUCUAAAAUUUUGGAUUUUUCAGCUCCAUCUUCUACUUCAAUUGGGUUUCCUUUUAUUCAGAGUUUCACUCCAUUUACCAUGAAAUUUUCAAGCUCUAAAGGGCAAGCAGUUGAAGAGGAUAUUAGCUCAAAUAAUGAAAAUUUGUCUUUGCAGCCUACUUUUGGUGACUCUAGUUGCAGGUCAUCAAAGCUAAAAGGAAAGGAACAGGAGCAUCCUGUUGUAGAUCAAGGUGAUCUUGUACAUCUUUUUAAGAUUGUUGAGGAAAAAGAUGGAGGCCCUUCUUGGAUGCAAAUGAUGGACCGCUCCACCUCAACCAUGAGCUAUAGAGCUUGGCGGCGAGACCCUGAGACUGGUCCCCCUCAAUAUCGUAGUAGUACAAUCUUUGAAGAUGCAACACCUGAGAUGGUGAGAGACUUCUUCUGGGAUGAUGAAUUUCGGCCAAAGUGGGACAACAUGCUCAUACAUUCCGAAACUCUUGAAGAGUCUCAUACCAUAGGAACCAUGGUAGUGCAAUGGGUUCGCAAGUUUCCGUUCUUUUGCAGUGACCGAGAGUACAUAGUUGGCCGCAGGAUAUGGGAGUCUGAAAGAACAUAUUACUGCGUAACAAAGGGAGUACCUAAUUCUGUGCCACGAAAAGACAAGCCGAGACGUGUGGAUCUGUAUUAUUCAAGUUGGUGUAUACGACCAGUGGAAUCGAAGAGAGGAACUGGACAGAUGACAGCAUGUGAAGUGCUUCUCUUUCAUCACGAAGACAUGGGUAUUCCAUGGGAAAUAGCUAAACUUGGUGUGCGACAAGGCAUGUGGGGAGCCGUUAAGAAAAUCGACCCUGGUCUAAGGGCUUACCAGAAGGCAAGAGCUUCCGGUGGGCCUCUCUCAGCGCAAGCCUCCAUGGCUCAUAUCACCACAAAAGUAAACCCAAAUUAUUUGAAAUCAUUGUUGAGUGGUGAUGAUCAGUCACUGAGUGAAGUAGCUCUUCCUGAGGAGAAGCAACAAGGAGGACUGCGUGUGCCAAAGCUCCUCAUAUUCAGUGGUGCUGUUGCUCUUGCGUGUAGUCUUGACCGAGGUCUUCUAACAAAGGCAGUUAUUUUCGGAGUUGCUCGAAAACUUGGAAGAAUAGGAGGGAAAUUAUGAUCCGAUUCCCCACCACCCCCAGAAAAAUAACGAGAAAGAAAAAAGCGAAAUUCAGAAAUGAAAGCUUCAUAAUGUCAAUUAUCUUAGAGUUGUCUAGAGAGUCUUGCAUGUUGUAGCAAGUAGCAAGAAGCUACAAAAGUGUAUUUGAAGAAAGCAGAACAUUGUAUAUCUGCAAGGAUUUGUUCUCUUUUUCUUCUUGAAUAUACUGAUGUUAGCUGAGUAGCAAUAACUUGUUACUGUGAUCUGCAAAGUUAGUAUAGAGUAUAUUCUUUCUGUCCA